AUGAUGUUGCAGGUAAAACAGCCAAAGCUGUCCCACUCCUGGUGGUUCGACAGCCACAAGAGCAGCCCACGGAGCUCCACUUGGUUGGCCUCGACCCUCCAAGGUCAGUUGUUGAUCGUCUGUCGCCUUAAUCUUCCUAAUCUACACGCGGUUAUGACGCUCAGAUAGAGGUUUAUUUUACUUGUACUUGAUUUUCUUGUGUUGAUGAUGAUCAUGAUCAUGACUGUGAGUUGGUUAAACAAAGCUGGUAUAGCUAUGGGGUAUUAGGUCAGUUGCGGCCUGCCCGAGGCCUGUGGACUCUGGCAAGCCAGGCUUCGAAGCCGAUUCCAUUUCAGAUCUCCCGUCAAAAGCACCUACAAGCUCCUAUUGGGAAAACGGUGAUUGCCUCUCCGGUUCUUCACAUCCCUUUUAACACGGAUUAUGAGGUUUGUUGAUUUUACUACGUACACAAAUCUAUAAAUCAUUGCGGCAUCAUGCUCAUGAUGCAAUAUGAAGCAUUAAAUACCGAAACAGAAGACGUCUAGGUGAUCCCCACACGUGCAAUGUAGGGUAAAUCAUUUUCCUAAUGCCUUAAAUCUUCAUUUUUCCAUGGGAAUCUGUGACUUUCCUCUUUCAGAAUAUAAAAUCGAGUUUGAUCUUACUACAUCUUUGACAUAAAGCUGUAGGUGUUAUAUAGUAUAGCCUUGAAGGCACUUGUUCCCACAAUGGAAUAAAAUCCAGUGAAUUAUGAUGGACCAGAACGUAGAAAAAAUAAAUGCAACAAAGGUAAGUUUUAACCAAUCUAUCCACUAAGGUAUUUCAACAUAUUUCCCUGAAUGGCAUCCUCGGCUGUUGAUGUAUUAUUGAGGUAGAUCUCUGGCUGUUCACAUUUUAAAGAUAAUUUUUUCAAUACUUUGUUUAUAUACGAAAUCCUGGCAUAUUUCAGGAUUUCAUUGACUCUGUCUAGAAAUAUUUUCUGUAGUGGCUAUCUCUAACCUGUAGCAUAUUAGAUAACAACACUGCCACUCAUUUUUAUCAUCUUUGCUCUAAUGAGAAUGCUUUAUUUUUUAAUUCCUUGUUGGAUUUUUUUUUCUCAUGUAUCAAUUUUCUUAACUUCAUUUAUUUUAAAUGUUUUUAAGUAUCUCUGUGAAUCAAUUUACAUGAUGGGAGGAAAAGACUUGCUGGAAGAAACGCUCCCUUGUUUCCGCAUUUGCUCCAAUCCUUCAAUAAGAAAUGAGGUCCAGAAUCCUACUGGAUAAUAAAUUACAUUCUUAAGAUGGCCGUUUUAAACAUUAUUAAGCGUUAUUAAAAUAGGUUUCUUGGUUGAGUUCGUGCCGUCGAACAGAAAAAUUAUCGACCCUGAUAUCAAUCCGGAACUUUCCAUUUAUUGUUCCCUGGUGGAAUAUAUACUCGGUGCUGCUCAUCUAUGUUCAUACUCUUUCAUACCCCAUUUGUUGUUCCUCCGUAUUUCUUAUUUUGGCAUUGAUAGAUGGGCAUCUGAUUGAACUUAAUAUGCCGAUUAGCUUCAAUCCGAAGCUGCUGCUAUCAUUCAAUGUGAUAGCAAGAAAUACUCUUUUAUUCAAUGACUUCUUUCGGACAAAAUCAACUCUUUUGACCCAACAGAGCUAGAUGAGAAGACCAAAGUGAUGCUGAAGCUGAUUGAGCAGGACGCUGACUCGUUCGCCCAGCGGGCCGAGAUGUACUACAAGAAGAGGCCUGAGCUCGUCAACAUGGUAGAAGACUUCUACCGGGCCCACCGAUCACUGGCCGAGAGGUACGACCUACUGAGGAGUGAGACUGGGGCCCGCCGGCUGGCCCACCCAGGAUCUCCAACGAAGAGCUGGUCACAGAAUUCCAAGAACACCGUGGAUAAGGAAUCGAGGACUUCCUCGAAUUCCUUCGAGUCAGGGGAGUCUGAAAUCGAAGACCCCGAGCAAGAAGAAGAUGAAGUCAGCAGCGAGAUCAGGGAGACGUCCAUUAAUGAAGCUUGUGAGAAUCAGAGCAAGGAGGAGACCGGCAGCGAGACAGUGAAGCGGAUGACUGAAGAAUUGGAGAGACUCAGGGAAGAGAAUGUGGGUCUCAACGCUCGGCUUCUAGAGAAGGACGAGGAGAAGAGGGAGGUCAUCAGGCAGCUUUCUCUCUCAAUGGACAUCUUGAAGGAGGAGAAUGCAGAGAUGAGGAAGUGCCUGAAGGAAUCCAACAAAUGGGGCCCCUUCGGGUUCAAGAUGCCCAAGAAAGGGCUGUUUCAAGGUAUGUUCCUCGGUGGGUUUGCUAGAUUUCACCCUGCAAUUAUGGCCCUGUGA